AGCGCCAUUGCAGAAGCACCGCCAUCGCUUGGCCACAAUUCACCGGAGAGAGCCGAGACGCGCUCGGCUUCGAUCCGUGAACGGCGACGGCGAGCACAUUCGCCGGCGAGAGAGAGAGAGAGAGGGGAGGAGAUUCACGUCGAGCAAAAAUGGCGUCCGUGGCCUCUUCGAAGCAGAUGACCCAUCACCCCAACUUCUCCAAGACCAUGGAGCUGAGGUGGGCGAAGAGACCCACCAACACCCGCAAGCCGCGCAAGCUGCAGUUCCCGCCGUCAACGGGCCCGUCGUCGGUCCCCAUCUACAUCUCCACGAGGCCCGGCCACGUCGACCCCGGCGCCCUCCGAGACCUCUACGCCUCCUGCGACCUCUCCUGCCACCGGCUCCCCGACGUGGGUCACGACCGGCGAGCCCGGGAGGACGGCGCCGUCGGGCUCGGCAAGCUCCGCAUCGCCCUCGCUCACAGCUCCGUCGUCGUGUCCGUCUUCUGCAGGGACGAGGACUUGUCGCCGGACGCGGAGCAGAGUGCGGCGGUGGGGAUUGGAGGUUUGGUGAGUAAGAUGUUGCCGAGGGUCGAUCCGUCGGACGGCCGGCUGGUGGGAUUUGGCCGGGCUGUUUCGGAUUUGGGGUUGACUGCUUCCAUUUACGAUGUCAUGGUUAUUCCUUCGUUUCGAGGAAUGGGAAUUGGCCGGAUGAUUGUCAAAAGAAUUGUAAGGAUCCUCACAAGUAGAGACAUAUAUGACAUAGCGGCUCUUUGUUCAGAAAAUGAGAGGCCACUUUUUGAAGCAUGUGGAUUUGGAGAUGACAUUUUGGGCUCCACGACAAUGAUGUAUACAAGGACUCUAUCUGAUGGCCAUGGAGUGGUCAAGCCUGCUGGUCGAAACCUUUUGCUGGUCCCAACACCUAAAGAUCACGCUGCUUCCUAAACAUCUACCAACUCAUUGAACUGACAACUCACCAUUGUAUAAGGCGGCGGCGACUUUUGGAGUUCUCUGUCUACUCUUUUAAAGCAGAAGUGAGAUUCUAUGGCCUAAGUCAAAAUGGAUGCUUGUUUUAGUGAAGCUGUUGCACAGUAAAGAAGAUACAUGUACAUACUUGAAUUCUAGCGGCAAAGAUUAUGUAAAAUCAAUGUGUCCGGGCUAUGGUCAUUUUGUUCUGUUUAUACAAUCAGUUCAAGUUAAUAGGGAUGAUGUAUUUAU